UAGCCUCAGUCAUGUAGUUCAUCGUGCAACCUGCGGACGUGUUUUUAGCUUACAGCGAUUUGCAACACGGGAAUCGAGCUCCGAUGUUGUCUUUCAGUUAGUGGCUGUGUGUCGUGGUGGUAGAAGGGCGUUGGCGUACUGUGCUAUGCAAAGUGACCAACAUACGCGUACGGGUAGAGCCCUACAACUCAUAGCGUAACCCAGCCGCGCGUCGUUGGCGAAAUGUUUCGGACGCGCUUAUCAGUGCCGUAGAUAGCGAUAGCGUUCCGAUAAGCCAGUGCUAUAUCGUGCUACAGUUGUAAAAUCAAUAAAGUACAGGUGAAUGAUUAAUAAGUGGGUAAAGUGUUUGGUGGCUUGAAUUGUGCAUAAAAUUGAUGAAAGUUGGCGUCUGUCGAUGAAUAGUGAUGUUUUAAAUGCCACAAUAUAGUGAAUGGAAACCUUCCAUCGAACCCGUUAAAGUAAAUUCAACUAACACAAACUGCAAAAUGAAACCGAAACGUGGAAACAGAUGUAAUCAUGAUCAUAAUGAAAGAUUACUCAUCGAUUACGAAUGUAAACGACAGGGAGGUUUACUCAACCAGCGAAUGAAUGAGUAAUACUACCUAGUAGCAAGUCUCGAUUAGCACACAUACCUUCGCAUAGCUGAAAACGUCACAUGGUAAAACCUAAGCUAAGUGCGACACGCGAUAAUGUGACUGUGAAUUCGAAACGAUACCCGAGUAGAGCUACACCUCUCGUAGAAGUAUGUUGUGCUUGUAGCUAACGGUCCCCAUGUUUGGGUUCAUAACACCUGAUAAAUCCAACAGUGAGCUUAAACCGCAAAACGUCAUACAUUGUGUAUUCUCAAAGCUGAAGGUGAAAUCUGUGUGGUCGUGAGAAAAUAUCGAAUGUGAAGGUGUUUAAUUUGUUAUCAUCAAGUGGCUCCAGGCUAGAUCGAGUGUGUGAAUCAUUCCAGCUGCAGUGAACAUAUAUUGUUUGAAUUUGCGAAACUGUGUCGGCGUUUUCUUCAUGUCUCACCCGAUGAUUUGCAGUGUAGUGUUUCACGAAACUCGCUUUGAAUAUGGCAGGCGAGGAGCCCACCAAACAGCAGCGGUGCGGUUCAUCAGCGAAUGCUCACCGCAAUGCUCGCCGUGAACGCGUUUACUUAACUUAUAGCUUUAGUUUAGCAGUCUACACAACCCUCCUUGUGUGGUUUGUUGUCUUUGGUGCGGUUUACGGGCAGUUCCAUACAACGCGGGAUCCACGAUGGUACUCUCGGGAAGGAGACUACAACUACAAACUGCCCAAUCCUGGUGAUCCUGAUUACAGGACAUACACGUACAACAACCGACGUUAUGGAUACUACCAGCCGUCAGGAUACGGACAACAAUACCCAGGACAAAAUCUCCCAGGCCAGUAUCCACAGAACACGGGACUCGGAGAUGAUCGAUUUAAGUACGACCCGAACAACCCAAACAACAUUCAAACGCCGUUUCCGGGGGUGCUUGGCGGAUGGCGGGAAGACCUGCAGGGGAAACUGCGCCGCGAUUCGCUCCAGCUGGAUCGCGAUGUAUUCGUGACCACCAACUACGGCCAGGUACAAGGUUUCAAGGUGCACCUGUACGAUAAUCCCGAUCCCAAGUCAUUCUACCGGCCGUGGCAUAGUCCCGUGGAUCGCAUAAUGGGCACUUGUUCGACGUUUUUGGGCAUCCCCUACGCACUGCCACCGACCUUCGAAGGAAGAUUCAAACCCCCGAGACAGCAUCGUGGCUGGCAGCUGUUGCAGGCCGUCGACUACGGGCCGGCUUGUCCCCAGCCAGUCCAGUACACCGGGGCGACGAAAGGAAUUCGUGAUAUGGAUGAAGACUGCCUCUACCUGAAUGUGUUCUCGCCAAAUACCCAAUCCGGCGUGGCACAAAAAUAUCCGGUAAUGAUUUACAUCCACGGAGGAGAGUUUGUUCGUGGUGCUUCCAACACCUUUCCCGCCCAUAUGCUAGCUGCAUUCUACGAAGUGGUGGUCGUCACCUUCAAUUACCGCCUGGGCGCCCUCGGUUUCUUCUCGACAGGCGAUGAGAACUCACCCGGUAACUAUGGGAUCCUGGACCAGAUAAUGGCCGUCCGCUGGGUGUACGAUAACAUUGAGGCAUUCAACGGUGACCGCAAUUCGAUCACGCUGUUUGGGCCAGGAGCGGGGGCGGCUUCUGCUGGUUUGCUGAUGGUAGCACCCCAAACGAAAGAUAUUGUCACAAGAGUGAUAGGACAAUCUGGAUCGGCGGUAGCGGAUUGGGCGCUGAUUGUGGAUAAAUACCGGGCGCAGAAUACCAGUCGUGUUUUUGGUCAAAUGGUAGGGUGCUCCAUAGAAACCUCAUGGAAGCUGGUAAACUGCAUGCGGCAAGGCAGAAGCUUCUACGAAUUGGGCAAUGCGGAAUUCGCACCUCAUGUUGGAUUGUUUCCAUGGGGGCCUGUACUUGAUGCUAACUUUACCUUUCCUAGUGACGAGUGGUACGAGGGAUGGAGAGAACGAGACUGGCAUUUUCUUUCCGAAACACCUGAGGAGUUGAUCAAGAAAGGGCACUACAACAGAGGGCUGCAUUAUAUGAGUGGAGUCACCCUACAGGAAGCAGCCUUUGUGAUAUCACAGAAUGAAAGUCUCGCCCCUUACUAUGAAAUAGACCAGAAAUUUUUCAAACAAAAAGUCUGGGAGCUGGUAUACCGAUACAAUUACACUCUUAAUUUGAAUGGCACUUACGAAGCCGUCAAAUAUAUGUACACAUAUUGGCCCGAUCCCAAAAAUACGACCUUCAUUCGAGAGCAAUAUAUCAAUCUUCUCUCGGACUUCCUGUAUCGUGGGCCCGCGGACAAGAUGAUGAAACUUCUUGUUGAACGAAACGUUCCUGUCUAUAGCUACGUGAUGAACACAACCAUCGAAGGACUGAAGCUGCCGUAUUGGCGUAAAGUACCCCAUGAUAUCGAACAUUACCUGUUGACUGGGGCCCCCUUCAUGGACGUGGAAUUUUUCCCGCGCAAAGCCCGUCUUGACCGGCUAAUGUGGACAGACAACGAUCGAAACAUGAGUCACUUCUUCAUGAAAAGCUACUCAAACUUCGCCCGGUAUGGUAAUCCUACACCUCAACAAAUACUUGGGCUACACUUCGAGAAGGCCAUUAAUGGGGAGCUGAAGUACCUGAAUCUGAACACUACGUAUAAUUCUUCAAUCAGGUUAAACUACCGUCAGACGGAAAGUGCCUUUUGGACUCAGUAUAUACCGACAGUCGUGGGAGUGCUAGUGCCAACGUAUCCACCAACCACAGAAUUUUGGUGGGAGCCGAAAGAACCACUGCAAAUCGCGUUUUGGAGUAUGUCCGCGGCAUGUCUGUUCCUGAUGGUACUGGUAGUGAUCUGUUGCAUGCUGUGGCGCAACGCAAAAAGACAAUCCGACCGAUUCUACGAUGAAGGUGUGUUUGUAAUGGACAACCCGGAGUCCGAGCGUGACAUCGGUAUUGAUAACAACGUAUUGCAGUCACAACCUCUGCGUACGCGUGAUAACAUCUACGAGUAUCGGGACACCUCAAUGAAAUACAGCAAACACCCACCUGUAGACUCAACCUCAAUAAGAUCGCCAAGCUCUCUGGCGAUGACUCAAACCACCGGGAAAUCUAUUUCAGGCAGUCAAAGCUCAUUGCGCAGUGCCAUUUCGAUGAAGGAAUCGGUGUCCAUCAACCCGGCACCUCGAUCCGAAUCCAACUUCGAUCGAAACAUAAAAUAUGCGGAGCGUGGGGUUGAUGCGGAUACGGUGAGCAAAAAUGGCAAAUAUUCUCGGUCCGAUUCGAAAAGUACCCUGGUGGACAGUAGUAGUAAGUCGAGGGAAUUCUCCACCAGCACACCCAUCGAGGGUGUUUCAAGAUCUCAACAACCGACACCACUGCCUGCCAGCCGAGGAGGCCGAACGGGCCAUGAUCGUAGCAACAACGCGAGUCGAACGAAUUUAGUCGAAGGAAUUCCGCAGACAGAAGUAUAGUUUAAGUCUACCUUAAAUAGUUAUUUUUCAAUGUAAGCUAGAGUAUUCGACUGAUAACAAACGACGUUACAGUUUACCACGCAUUCCAUCACAAACAAAUCAACCUUGGUAACAUAUCAAGUUAGGGUAUAAGUUAAUAGCAUAAUGCUAGAAUUAUUGCAGCCGUAUUAUACAAUUUACGCAAAAAUCUACAAUAGAUUGGUUUUUAUUUUUAGGUGGAAAGAAGCACCAAGUGCAUUACUCGUAACAUAGCCGUACAAUAACAUAAAUACGUAUAGACAUAAAUAGAGAUAGUAAUAUGAUUUUAUUUCAUGUUCAAUUUUAUAGAAUUAUUCUGUUUAAGUCUGAUGUUUUGUGUACAUAUAUGUUUUGUCCAUGUCUCAGUGUAUCCGUCCACUUUUGUAAUAGUGUACCGUCUCAACCUAUGUCCUUGUUGAUUCGUAGUUUUAUUUAGUUGUAAGCUUUACGUUUUUGUAAUUUCUGUUUAAUGUUUACGUACUUACUUCGUCUGUAUAUUCUAUCGCUCCAGCGUAGAUGAAUGCAACAAUUUUAGGCCAAACUGUGCAAAUACCGUUACUUGUAUAACUUGAACUAGUUCAUGUCAAUAUGAUAUAUGUAUAUUGUCUUCCACUUCAUUCAUUCCAAAAUUCAGUGUAUGCUUUACUUUCAUCAAUUAUGAAACUACAAUUUCGUAUUAUCUGAAUUCACGUAGGUUAUUCUAGGAGAUAAAUGGUAAGCGUUGAUGUAAUCUGUACAUAUAGUGAUGAAUAAAAUGAUUGAUUACCAUUUAAGUAUUGAACGGAUAGAUUAGGUUGCACAAAUACAGUGAGAGAAGCGCACGCUUUAGAUUUUAAGUAUUUUAAGUUUCGAAGUAUUUUGAAUCAUUGUAUUGAUAUAGAUGUAAUAAAUAGAAUGUUUUGAUUUUA